AAAAAUGAGACCCAGGAGGAGGGAGGGUGGGAGAGGAAGCACGUGUUUUUCAGAGUUGACGGGGAAUAAAAAAAGCAAAUAUAGACGAUGAAUCCUGGAGUAAGUUACUGGCAGUCACUCAGAGCCGGCUCUCCUUUAUCAGCUUCUGGCUGCACGGAGUUGAUCUCUGGACUCUCGGGCUGAGUAGCAUAAAAAAAAGGGGGGAGGCAGCUGCAAAACCAUUCAGACAAAAGCCGGGUGGAAACAGGCCGAGUGUUCAAGACAGUGUAGGAGAGCAAAAAGGACCUCCUCAAAACAUUCAGGUUCAAAUCAAGAGAGGCUCUUGGAGGUAAAAUGGCGGGCAGGGGGUUUUAUUUGAAGUUUUGGGGAGGGGUAUGAUGGAUUUGGGAGAACAAGGGGGGUCACAGGCUGGGGUCUAGUAGAGAGUGAUUGUGGUGACAGCCGGUGCAGGGGGACAAGCCCUCAUGUGAGACGCAGAGGAGGAAACGACAAAGAAAAGGGACAAAUGCGUAGAGGCCUCAGCGUGGUGCUCAGCAUGGGUGUGAAGCGCAAGGCUGCUGCUGCUAUCUUAGUCCUGCUGCUGCUUCUGGGCUCACUCUGGCUACAUGGCAGUUUGGAUAACCAGUGGGACUCUUGUUUCAAAGGAUAUAACCAGUGGAACAAGCUUCAUCAGAAGUCCAACAGCAGCAAAGCAGAUGAUGAGAACACUCUCGUCCUCUCGAGAUGCCCCGGUCAGAACUUCCAGGUGUCGUUGCUGUUCUCCCACCUGCUGGCUGCCACCGCGCUCGACUCGGACGUUCUGCUCCAACCCUAUCUAUCCAGUUGGGACGAGCUUGUGAAGUUCAUGGAGUCCCUGGGUCCAAUGGUGGGUCUCAUCUCUAAAGAAAUAGAGAGUAAGACCACUAUCAUCCGGCAGCUGGCCCUGUUAUCUGAAGAGAGACGUGAAGCAGAACUUAGCCCAAAUGUAGACAGGAUUAGUUCAGUGAAUGCAUACACAGACGGGUACCGCUCUGUGCGCUCCAUGAUCGCUGUUGAAAUGAACCAGGGUUUGGUCGACUUCCACCACCAGACCGACUCAGGAUGCCGGACUAUUCUGCGCCUGCAUCGAGCUCUGCUUUGGCUGAAGCUCUUCCUGUCCAAGCUGGCAGAGACGCCGGAGAGUGGGCUGCUCAGGAGCCCGUCUGAGCUCUGUCGCGAGGCCUACCAGACCACGCUCGCCAUGCACCACACUUGGUUUGUUCGCAGAGCUGCCGAGGUGGCCUUCAUCGCCUUGCCGGAGCGGGGCUUCUUUUUUAGGUUGGUUUGUGCUCCAAACCAGGAGAGGCUGAGCUUGGUGCUGAACAAAGUGGUCAAGGCCAUCGAGGAGGUUUAUGACAGGACACAGCUGGCCCUGGAAGAAAAUGGAAUGCUGGAUUUGCCUUAGACCAAUGAAAGUGGAUGCUGUCAUGUUUGGCACUGCCAUCACAGUCAAGCACCUUGUAAAUCCACAAACAAGAUGCUCUGGAAACACACUUUUUUGUACCUACAAUCACUGGAGACUCGUAAGUGCUGUGCUGAAUGAACUAAAUCAGUUUAUAAAGAGACUCUCCUCAUCUCAUGAGGUCCAGGCAACUAAUGAUUUAUUUUUAAUGUGAAAUAUUUAAAUAUGUGACGUAAAAAUCCUGAGUGAUCUGUUCUGUGAUACAAAAACCAGAUGCAGUUUCCAUUUUUAAUGGAUGUUCCACAUGUGUGAUUGUGCAUUUAUUAGGGGAUCAAUAGUACCUAUUUGCAUGAAGUUCAUGCUGUUGAUUUAGCGUGCUACCUCAAAACUGGCUUUGCCCAGAUUCCUUUUUACUACUGCGAGACCAAUCUGUAAUGAAUGAGUAAAGAAGAAGAAGAAAAACGUCAAGUUUGUACCUUGUAGUCUUUCUACAGAUCUAUUCUCUGCUACUGACAAGAAUGUUUUUAUUCUAUAAAUAAAUGCAGUUUUCUUAUGUGUUAUUGUAAUACUUUUACAUUUACAGCAACAUGAAAUGUUUGGAACAUGUUUUUAAACCAGUGAUGAUGAAAAAAUUUGUCAAAAAUCCUUUUAAGCUUAUUAGAAUUUUACGAAAAUAACAACGGGCCUUAUACUGGCUUUGCAUUGGUUUAAUUACUAAAACAGAAACAAGUGAGAAGGUUUGAUUCCUUUCAAAUCCAGUGUGUUGCAUUGAUUCAGUUUUGUUUUAUUUAUUUUUUUACAUUUCUGUCUUUAUUUGACAGUUGUGAUGACGUUAUAAUAGCGCUAUAGAUAUUUUUUCAAACGAGUCUACUACACUACUUUUUAUUGCAAAGGUUACUUACUUCCCUAAAGCUUCCAUAAAUUUGUGAAGAUGUUUUGCAGUCACCAAAAUAAUUGUGUUGAAAUAAUUUCUGCCAUUUAUAAUAUUAGCUUCUGCAGUGAUUAUAGGCAGAAAUUUAGCUUCACAGUAUGUAUAAUUAAACUGGAUGCUAAAAAUGG